AGUAGAAGAAGAAGAAGAAGAAGAAGACCGUUUUUAUUUCAUCCCGUCCACUCGUUCCGCCCGGGUAUUGGCUCGCGUCCGGCGCAAUUAUGCAGGUUUGUGGAGUUCGUCGGAGGAGGAGGAGGAGGAGGAGGAGGGAGGCCGGGCCAGCGGAAUGCUACGUGUCUUGGGAGAGCCCUGUUAAAAGCCCCUCAGCCCGUCUCCCUCGACCGCCGCGGCCGAGAGUUUCGUGGAACCGGAGCGACCCCCGCGAGCACCGGGCCCCGCGUGAGAGUGCGACGCGCCGCUGAGCUCAGGAGUCCGCCGGCCGAGGGAACUCGAAGAUGUCCGGAGUGAAAAAGCUUCGUACGGAGCUGAACAGGUCAACCAAUGUGGUGUACCAGGCCCACCAUGUCAGCCGGAGCAAGAGAGGGCAGGUCGUGGGCACCAGGGGAGGCUUCAGAGGCUGCACCAUCUGGCUCACCGGUUUGUCUGGUGCUGGGAAGACCACCAUCAGCUUCGCCCUGGAAGAGUAUCUUGUGUCCCACGCGAUCCCGUGCUAUUCACUAGACGGCGACAACAUUCGCCAUGGCCUUAACAAGAAUCUGGGCUUCUCCGCCGAAGACCGCGAGGAAAACAUCCGCCGCAUUGCUGAGGUGGCCAAACUGUUUGCGGAUGCCGGGCUGGUUUGCAUCACAAGUUUCAUCUCUCCUUUUGCCAAGGAUCGCGUUGAGGCGAGGAAGAUCCACGCGAGUGCCGGGCUGCCAUUUUUCGAGGUGUUUAUCUCUGCUUCCCUUGAGGUGUGUGAGAGCAGGGAUGUAAAAGGACUUUACAAGAAGGCUCGCGCUGGAGAGAUAAAAGGUUUCACUGGGAUUGAUUCAGAUUACGAGCGGCCAGAGGCACCAGAUCUUAUCCUGAAAACUGGAGAGCUCUCAGUGAAUGAAUGCCUCCACCACGUGUUGAAGCUGCUCAUGGACCAGAAUAUUGUGCCAAAAGAAAUCAUGGAGGAGGUGAAUGAACUCUUUGUUCUGGAAAACAAGCUGGAUCUUGCUGUGGCUGAUGCGAGCACGCUUCCCACCAUCAGCAUCACCAAGCUGGAUCUACAGUGGGUGCAGGUUCUGGCCGAGGGCUGGGCGAGCCCUCUCAAGGGCUUCAUGAGGGAGAGGGAGUUCCUCCAGGUCUUACACUUUGGCAACCUCUUGGAUGAUGGGGCCAUCAACUUGUCUGUUCCCAUCGUCCUGCCCAUCAGCACUGAGCUCAAGCAGGAGCUGGAGGGCUGUGCGGCUGUGGCUCUGGAGUACCAGGGCUCACGGGUGGCGAUUCUCAGGAACCCAGAGUUCUACGUACAUCGCAAGGAGGAACGCUGUGCCAGACAGUGGGGCACCACUUGUCCACAGCACCCCUACAUUAAGAUGGUCAUGGAGGGAGGUGAUUGGCUGGCGGGUGGCGACCUGGAGGUGCUGGAGCGAAUCAAAUGGAACGAUGGACUCGACCAGUACCGCCUCACUCCACAGGAGCUCAAGCAGAGGUUCGAAGACAUGAAAGCAGAUGCUGUAUUUGCAUUCCAGCUGCGUAACCCGGUCCACAACGGUCACGCCCUGCUGAUGCAGGACACCAAGCGCCGCCUGCUGGAGCGAGGCUACAAGAACCCAGUCCUCCUCCUGCACCCCCUCGGCGGCUGGACCAAAGAUGAUGACGUGCCUCUGGGGUGGCGAAUGAAGCAGCAUGCUGCUGUCUUAGAGGAGGGAGUUCUUGAUCCAGCCAACACCAUUGUUGCCAUCUUCCCCUCACCUAUGAUGUAUGCUGGACCCACCGAGGUGCAGUGGCACUGCAGAUCCAGAAUGAUCGCCGGAGCAAACUUUUACAUCGUCGGCCGAGACCCUGCAGGCAUGCCUCACCCAGAGACUAAACAGGACCUGUAUGAGCCCACGCACGGAGGCAAGGUCCUCACCAUGGCCCCGGGCCUCACCUCAGUGGAGAUCAUCCCCUUCAGGGUGGCCGCGUACAACAAGACGAAGAAGGCUAUGGACUUUUACGACACAGAGCGACAUGCUGAGUUCGAGUUCAUCUCUGGAACCAAGAUGAGGAACAUGGCUCGCAACGGAGAGAACCCUCCCGACGGUUUCAUGGCCCCCAAGGCCUGGAAGGUGUUAGUUGAAUACUACACCUCUCUUCAAAAGGACAAGUAAUCACUGUUCAGACCACCAGUCAGCAGUAUACUAAAAAAACAACAUACUGUUAUUUCCUCAUUGAGAUUAAAUAUACAUUCCAUCCUUCCUCCAGGAGUGUUUUAUAGAGAUUCUUCUUUUAUCCUUUACAAAAAGAAAUGUAAUGCUCAUUUAGAGUAAUGAGUUUAGAUUGCUAUAAAUUAUGAGUAAUUCUGACUUGGGUGGGUGUUGGUCUUCAGUUAAAGCAUUACAUUUUUUCAUUGCUAUGAAACUUUCGUAAUUUGUAAUCCUUUUGUAUGUGCAUAUUAACUUAAAGCUAUGUAUUUUGGUAAAUUAAAGUUAACUUGAGAUUCUUAUUCAUUUUUAUUAUAUUUCUAAGUUUAGCCGGACGUCCCAGGACAUGGAAAUCAUUUUUGAUAUUUGCAUGUAAUAUGACUACAUUACAUGUAUGACUUCUAUGAAAGUAAGAUGCAGUUUUGUUUUUACCCAUGGUGCCUGUUGGUUUCACAUGUAUGGAUGUUAAUGCAUUCAUCAUGUUGAUAUUUCAUAUUAUUGUGAAAUGCAACAGAUUUAGUUUUUAUAAUGUGAAAGUGCCUUUCUCUCAAAUGUCAACAUUUCAAGUGAGAAGUUGUUUCUUGCCGCUGAUUUCCUGAAAUGCCUCUUGAGAUGGUGUCAUAAACUGGGCUUGUGCAUUCAUGUAAUAAAGACAUGCAGUUUUAGGAAAAUGAAAAUUAGUUUACAAAAUGCAAUAAUAAAGGAAAUUAAUUAUUAUGAAUCA